AUGGAUGGGCCGUCACGUCGUCUUCCCGUCCGGCCAUGGGAGCUCGGGGUGUCCAGCACGAAACGCGGAGUUUUCUCCGGCGAGGCAGAUGUGGUGGAGGAGGCCAGGAGGAUGCUCUCGGUUGUGGGCGGGGACGUGCUCCAGAACUGGAUCAAGCUGCCUUACAUAAGGCUGACAUACUCGCACGAAUCUGAGGCCGAUUACCUAAGGUUCCGAAUUGUGCAUCCGUCCUCUUGA